AUGACGGCACUGCAAGCUUCAGGCGAGUCUGCUUGGGCCUUGUGGCAGAAGGUUAAGAACGAGGGGCCGCUCAUUCAGUGCAUCACGAACUUUGUGUCCAUGGAUUUCAUGGCCAACACUUUGCUGGCUGCUGGCGCUUCACCAGCAAUGGCACACUGCAAAGAUGAGGUGCAGGACUUUCAGAAGAUUGCCUCUGCGCUGCUGGUCAAUGUGGGCACCCUGAGCCCAGACUGGACAGAGGGCAUGCGGCUGGCAGCAGAGGCAGCGAAUGCACUGGGCAAGCCUUGGGUGUUGGAUCCUGUGGGCGCUGGUGCCACCCCCUUCAGGACUCAGACGAUCAUGUCCCUGGUGAAUCUACGUCCAACAGUGAUCCGGGGCAACGCAUCAGAAAUCAUGGCUGUGGCCGGCGCGGCCGGGAAGACAAAGGGCGUGGACAGCACAGCCGAACCCACCCAUGCCCUGGAGCAUGCUAAGCAGCUAGCGAAAGAUCUGGGUUGCAUAGUGGCCAUCUCUGGAGCUACUGAUCUGGUGACAGAUGGGGAGCGAGUGGCCAAGGUCAGCAAUGGGGUGCCCUUGUUGACGAGGAUCACUGCUGCAGGUUGCUCUGUGACCGCCCUGAUAGCUGCCUUUGUGUGCUGCGCAUCCCGUGACGCUCUCCUGGCUACUGCCCACGCUCUGGCUAUCUUCGGGGUUGCCGCAGAAGUUGCUGGGGAUGUCAGGGGCCCCGCGAGCCUGCGUGUAGAACUGCUUGACAAUCUUUACUCAAUGGAUGAGACCACUGUUAGGAGUAGGGUCAACAUACAAUGGGAUUGCUGA